AUGACUGAAAAACUGGUCGACUCGUUGGUGCUCGAUGCAACUCCGCUUAUAACACAACCGGCUUCUGCUUUACAGCAAUUUGCUUCUAACUUUUAUACUACUCCAGGUGUGAAGGCAGAGUUGAAGGAUGAGCAUUCCAGGAACCAGCUACUCCUAUGGGCCGACCGUCUUUUGGUUCGUCAGCCUAAGCAGCUGUCUAUUGAUAGAGUGAACAGCUUUGCCAAGUUGACUGGUGACUACUCUGUGUUGUCGAUGAACGAUCUUCAUAUCAUUGCAUUAGCAUAUGAACUAGAAGUUGAAAAGGCUGGCGCUGAUCGUUUGAGAAAGUUCCCAGGACAGAAGUUGGAAGGGGAUGAGGAGUCAAAGCCUCAACCAAAGAGAGAGUACAAGCCUAGGGAAGAGGAGCCUGAGAAGGAAGAGGAGCCACAGCUCGAAGAUGACGAUGGCUUCCAGGUUGUUUCUAAGAAGAAGACCAGAAAGCCUAGAAGGAAAUGGACGCCUAGAGAACCCGAAGAGAAGAAGGAAGAGCCAGUGGUAGAGGUUCCAGAAGUCAAGGCUGAGCCACAACCAGAGCAAACUGAGGAGUCCAAGGAGACAGAAACCGGAAAGGAAGAACUCGAGGAGGAAUACAACGAAGAUGACGACGACGGAGACUGGAUUACUCCUGAAAACCUUCAAGAAGAGAUUCUUAAAGACAACAACGAGACAGUACAAGACGAUAAAUCGUCCAGCAACACCUCCAUCCCAGUUGCCCUUUCCACGGGAGAUUUCGCAUGUCAGAACACAAGUUUGCAGCUCGGACUCAAGCUUAUGAAUCCUUAUUCUGGUAAGCAGAUCAAGAGAGUCAGAAACUACAUGUACAGAUGUCACGCAUGCUUCACGAUGACCCCCAUGUCCAAAUCUGGCCAACCUAAGCAUUUCUGUCCUAAGUGUGGCGGUAACACGUUACUUAGAUGUGCCGUGUCAGUUGAUAACGAGACUGGUAAGAUCACUCCCCAUUUGAAGAAAAACUUCCAGUGGAUUGUCAGAGGCCAGGUCUACUCGAUGCCUUCACCUCUCAGUAAGAACCAGCAGAAGAACCAAGGUAACAGAGGGUACCAGCACAACAAGGAGCUCAGACACAGUUCACAAGACCCUAUUAUCCUCCGAGAGGAUCAAAAGGAGUACGCUAAGGCAUUGAAAGAUGACGCCUGGCUGAGAAAGAAGAGCGAGAAGAUGCUUCAGGAAUGGAUAGGAGGUGGAAGUGCGGACAACUUCAUCUCCCCAUUCGGUACAACAUACAAAUCAUCAGGUGUUAGGGUUGGACGUGGCAGAAACGCCAACGCCAACAAGGGCAGACGGAAAUAG